GGCCAUGCGGGCUGCCGGUGCCCUGUGCUGGCGGCUGGUGAUGGUGCUGCUGGCCGCGCACCGGGCCGCAGGCGCCCGACCCUGCAGCCCCAAGUACUUUGGCCGCGAUGCCAUGGUCUGUGUCUGCAACACCACGUACUGUGACACGCUGGACCCCCUGGUCCUGCCACCCCCCGGCUCCUACGUCAAGUACGAGAGCAGCAAGGCCGGCAAGAGGCUGGAGCAGAGCAAGGGGAGGUUUCGGCGCAGACUCUGCGCCCCAGACGUUGUCCUUACCCUGGACACGACGCAGCGGUUCCAGAGGGUGAAGGGUUUUGGUGGCUCCGUCACCGACGCGGCCGCCAUCAACAUCCUAUCCCUGCCGGAAAAGGCGCAGGACAACCUGCUGCGCUCGUACUUCUCCGAGGAAGGGCUGGAGUACAACCUCGUCCGGCUCCCCAUGGCCAGCUGCGACUUCUCCCUCCACGCCUACACCUACGACGACGUUCCCUAUGACUAUGAGCUGAAGCACUUCAACCUGCGGGAUGAGGACACCAAGCUGAAGAUCCCUGUCCUGCACCGAGCCAUGGCCAUGAGCAAGCGGCCGCUGUCACUCUAUGCCAGCCCCUGGACCUCCCCCACCUGGAUGAAGACCAGCGAGUCCUACAUAGGGAAGGGGACGCUGAAGGGGCAGGCGGGGGACAAGUACCACAAGACCUGGGCCAACUACUUCGUACGGUUCCUGGAUGAAUACGCCAAGCACAACCUGACCUUCUGGGCGGUGACAGCAGAGAACGAGCCCACGGCCGGGCUGAUCAACAACUACCCCUUCCAGUGCCUGGGCUUCACGGCCGAGCAGCAGCGGGACUUCAUCGCCCGCGACCUGGGCCCGGCGCUGGCCAACAGCUCCCACCGCCACGUCCAGCUCAUCAUCCUGGACGACAACCGGCUCCACCUCCCACACUGGGCCAGAGUGGUGCUGGAGGAUGAAGAGGCAGCUCGUUAUGUCCAUGGCAUCGGCAUCCACUGGUACCUGGACUUCAUCGGUCCCAUACAGGACACAGUGUUGCCCACUCACGAGCUCUUCCCUGACUACUUCAUCCUGGCCACGGAGGCGUCCAUCGGAGCCCAUUUCUGGGAGCGGGAUGUGAUCCUGGGCUGCUGGGACCGGGGCAACCAGUACAGCCACAGCAUCCUGACGAACCUGAACCACUUUGUGACUGGGUGGACCGACUGGAACUUGGCUCUGGACCUGGAGGGGGGCCCCAACUGGGUCAAGAACUAUGUGGACAGCCCCAUCAUCGUGGACAGCAGCGAAGGCAUCUUCUACAAACAACCCAUGUUCUACCACAUGGGGCACUUCAGUAAGUUCAUUCCUGAGGGCUCCCAGCGCGUGGGGCUUGUUGCCUCCAAAGAGUCCAAGAAGACAGCGCUGGAGCACACGGCUUUCCUGCGCCCCGACGGCGCCGUGGUGGUGGUGGUGCUGAACCGCUCCCCCCAGGACAUCUCCUUCGGGCUGGCCGACACCGUCGGCCUCAUCUCCGCCGUGGCUCCGGCCAACUCCAUCCAGACCUACGUGUGGCAGCGGCAGUGACGGGGAAGGGGCGCCUGUGGACGUGCCGGACGCAGCCGGGCUGGA